UCACACACAUAUACACACACAUAGUAUACGCCUAUACAGUAUACUCAGCAGAAGUGGCCCUGAGCAUGGUAUAAAAAGAGCUGUGGGCCGAAGUAUCCAGUGCAGAAACUUUCAGGAGACAGCAAACAUGCUCAGGUUUCUUUUGUUGACCUCUCUCGCAGCCCUGGUGCUGGCUGAGCUGGAGCCCCAGCCCAGGUACCUGGAGGAUGACAUCGCUGAGGAGAGAGUUGUGGGAGGUGAAGUGGCCAGAGCCAACUCCUGGCCCUGGCAGAUCUCACUUCAGUACAAGUCUGGCAGCAGCUUCUACCACACCUGUGGAGGAACCCUGAUCAGGAGAGGAUGGGUCAUGACCGCCGCUCACUGUGUGGACCGUUCCAGGACUUGGCGCGUUGUUCUCGGAGACCACAACAUCAACAGCCACGAGGGCAAAGAGCAGUACAUGAGCGUGAGCCGCGUCUACCUCCACCCCAAGUGGAACUCCAACAACGUUGCUGGAGGCUGGGACAUCGCCCUCCUGCGUCUCUCCAGCGAUGCAACUCUCAACAGCUACGUCCAGCUUGGCGCUCUGCCUCCUUCUGGUCAGGUUCUGCCCCACGACAACCCCUGCUACAUCACCGGAUGGGGUCGCACCAAGACUGGAGGUCAGCUGUCCGCCCAGCUGAAGCAGGCCUACCUGCCUGUUGUCGACUACAAGACCUGCACCAGCUACGGAUGGUGGGGCAGCACCGUGAAGGACUCCAUGGUCUGUGCUGGUGGUGGCAAAGAUUCUGGAUGUCAGGGUGACUCCGGCGGCCCCCUGAACUGCAGCGUCAACGGCAAGUGGGUUGUCCACGGCGUGACCAGCUUCGUGUCGUCCUCUGGCUGCAACACCUACAAGAAGCCCACCGUCUUCACCCGUGUCUCUGCUUACAUCAGCUGGAUGAACAGCAUCAUGGGUUGAGAAGAGCGACGAUCUCCAUGGAAACGAGAGAGCACUUUGAAUUCAUCUCUGUUCUUACCUCUGUUGGAAUAAAAUGUCUUUUAGUCCA